CACUGAUUGGCAGCAGUGAUAGGUGGCACUGAUUGGCAGCAGUGAUAGGUGGCACUGAUUGGCACUGAUGGGUGACACUGAAAGGCAGCUCAGAUGGGCACUGAUAUGUGGCAUUGAUGUGAACUGGUAGGCACUGAUAUGUGGCAUUGAUGUGGCACUGUUCAGCACUGGCAGCUGGCACUGAUGGACACUGACAGGUGGCACUUCUGGGGCCACUCUGAUCAUCAGGGCACACUGAUCAUCAGUGCCCUGAUGAUCACUGUCAUUGUGACAGCUCGUGAGGAGAGAAAUGCCGAUAACCGGCAUUUCCCUGUUUACAUGUGAUCAGCUGUGAUUGGA